UCUCAUGUCAUUGGCUGUAGCCCCUAAAUAAGAACUGCUCAUCCUUGGAAGAUGUUUUCAGCAAGCUUAACGUAGUCAGCAUCUCCGGCUGCAUCGUUUUUUUUCUGGCACCAGAAUUAGGACGCUCUAGGUUCUAAACACCUCUAACCAGCAAGCAGCAGCAAAGAACUAGUUUUGGUGAAAGGGAAAUCUGGAGUGUUAGGAUCAUAACACAAGGAUUAUUCCUUCCUUUGACCAGCCAGCCAAGAUUCUUUGCUAGUGUCUCCCACCUGCAGAUGAGAAUAGGACAUCUUAGGAGACAUUGUUAACACUGCAAUGCUCAACACACACAAAACUGUGUGGGUUUUUGAAAUUGGCUUCACCAUGGGUAGACAUCUCACUGCUCUGGUGUUGGCCUCCUGCCUGAUCUUGAGGGUCUCCAGCCAGACAGCCAACAGCUUCAAAGACAGCACCAUAGCUUUGGAGAUUCUGGGAGAAGACCCAACUUUCAAAAUUAUCCAAGCAGGCAUCUUCCCAGAUCAUAGAAUCCCCUCCAACAAGUCAAAGGACUUUCCUGGGGAUGCCAUCCCACAAGCUCCACUACCAGUCAUGUGUACGAAGCCAACAGAAAUCCGGGACGCCUUCAAGUACAUCAACACAUUUGUCUCUUGUACGAUCUUCAUAGUGGGUAUCAUUGGAAAUUCCACCCUGCUAAGGAUCAUCUAUAAGAAUAAGUGCAUGAGAAACGGACCCAACGUCCUCAUUGCCAGUCUUGCUCUUGGAGACCUCUUCUACAUCCUCAUUGCUUUGCCCAUUAAUGUCUAUAAGCUUCUUGCGGAAGACUGGCCUUUCGGCGUGCAGGUCUGUAAAUUGGUUCCAUUCAUACAGAAGGCCUCUGUUGGCAUCACCGUCCUCAGCCUUUGUGCUCUCAGUAUCGACCGAUACCGAGCGGUGGCUUCCUGGAGCCGUAUCCAGGGCGUUGGGAUCCCUAUGUGGAAGGCAGUUGAAGUGACUUUCAUUUGGGCCAUGGCCAUCAUCCUGGCUAUCCCGGAAGCCAUUGCCUUUGACUUGGUGAAACUGGAUUACCGUCAACAGACUCAUUGGGUUUGCUUCCUGGCCCCCGAGCAGAAAUCCAGCUUUAUGGUGUUUUACAAGGAUGUGAAAGACUGGUGGCUCUUUGGAUUUUACUUCUGCCUGCCUUUGGCCUGCACUGGGGUCUUCUACUCCCUCAUGUCUUGCGAGAUGUUAAGCAAGAGCAACGGCAUGCGGCUGGCCCUCAAUGAUCACAUGAAACGGCGCAGGGAAGUGGCCAAAACUGUCUUCUGUCUAGUGGUGAUCUUUGCCCUCUGCUGGCUUCCUCUUCAUCUCAGUAGGAUUCUCAAGAAGACCAUCUAUAACCAACAAGAUGCUGAUAGAUGUGAGCUGCUUAGUUUCCUUCUGGUAAUGGAUUAUUUUGGAAUCAACAUGGCCUCUCUCAAUUCCUGCAUCAACCCCGUGGCUCUCUAUUUUGUUAGCCGGAAAUUUAAGAACUGCUUUCAGUCCUGCCUUUGUUGCUGGUGCCAACGGCCAGCACUUGGCAUCCUCCCAACAGACGAUAAGGGAUCCGUGGGAAAAUGGAAAGCCAACGGGCAGGAGCUCGACCGGAGCAGUUCUCACCUGAGCAAUAAGUGCAGUUCGACUUAGACCCAGGAGGAAACAAGAUGAGAACAUUUCAUUGGACUUCUGAGAUGGACUUCUCAGAUACGGGACCUUGGUUUGGGGUAUUCCUCUUGAAUUCACUUUUCUUCCACAGGGAUGAGCCUUGCUUUCAAAUCAUCCGACUUCAGUCACAGCCCUUUCAAAAAAAAAUCCCUGCUAGCGAUCUUGUUUUUCUCUUCUCUUCUUUUCUCUCUCUCUCUCUUUUUUUAUCUUUUCAUGAUCACUUCUUUUCUUUACUCAUUCUUCCUUACAGAAUAAAAUAAUGUUGAGGACCAUAAGAAUAGGCAUGAUCCCAGGUUAUCUGCUCUGUAUAAAAGGGGCCACACCGAGCAGAAGCCAAGGGGCGAUACUCAGCAAGAAGAAAACAGAAAAGGGUUAAGGGUUGACACAGAACAGAGAAAUUAAGCUAUUUCUCAGUGAACAAACGUGGGUUGUCACUGUCUCUUCAUCCAAGCUUCAGGAUCAUAUAUUUUUUUUCUUUUUAAGCUAAGUAGGUAGGAAGGAAUGUGGUGGCUCAUAUGGUUAGGAUGUUGGGUUAGCAAGCCCGCGUUCGAGACCCGGGUGCCGCUGUGUGGCAGGGUGAGCUCCCGUCAUUCACUCCAGCUCCUUGACAGGGACAUAAAAAGGAACCCCACACACGGGUGUCCCCCAAGCAAACUUGGUGUCUCUGGCUAAUCCUUUCAACCUGGAAGCACCUUAGACGGUGCCUCCAACUCAAAUGGGACAGGAGUAGGUAGGAAGAUGGAAUCUCUUACACUACUCAUGUUCCUUUCCAAGAAAAUGCAGUGGGACUUGUAGUUCAUCUGCAACUGAGGUUACAUCAAAAUGGUGGCAUGCACAGGGACAUCCUAAUACAAGCAAUGCGUCCUGAAGUCUGACGUAAAUAUGUAAGUGAACUUUUUGGUUCUAUGCUGCAACUUUUAAUUGUAUCAUCCGUUCCUUUUCCCACCAAUGACUGCCCGUGAUGUAGGUGGACGUCAUUUACUUAGUCUUGUGAUGAAGUUGUUGGUAUAAGACUGGCAAGAUUCAGCUUGACUUUUCCAGUCAACUCUGAAGCCAAGCAAGACCUGGCUUAAAAACAGUAACUAUGAGAGGGACCUUGGAGUCCUAGUGGACGAUCACUUAACCAUGAGCCAGCAGUGUGCAGCAGCAGCAGCAGCA